AUGAGUGCGUGUGAGAAGUCGGGUCAGUGGCAGACGGCCCUGCACCUGCGCCCUCAGGAUGGUGAUGUGGUAAGCUUCAGUGCAGCCAUUAGUGCCGUGGGACAAAGUCACCUUUGGCCAGCAACGGUCGAGUUGCUGGAUGGCAUGUUGCAGCGGCAAGUGAAGCCAAACUCAGUGAUCUGUACGGCUGCCAGCUCUGCAUGCAAAGGGCAGUGGCAGAAGGCCUUCUGGCUGAGGUCUAUGACGAAGAGCGGACCGCGGGAGCGUUCGUCGCCUUUAUGCGAACUGGCUUGGAGGUUGGCGCAGCCCGGUGCGAGGCCCAGGAGUCAGGAGAUUUCCCGGCUGGUGGAGCAGGCGAGGCAGCCUCUCGCGCUGCGGUCUGACGAGCUUUCAGUACUGGUCUGGAGCUUUGCAAGCCUCUCCGUGGACGACGCGGCCGUGACCGAUCGCAUCCUGAAUGCCGUGGAGCAGUUGGGCUUCCGGAACUUCCGGACAAGUGACUUGGCCAGGCUCUCCUGGUCUCUGACUAGCCUUAGAAGGGCGAGCACCAUGCUGGAAGAUCUCCAGAAGGAGUUUUUGCAUCGGCUAAGACGUGAAGGUGUUGAUGCGGACUCUGCGGUCUCUGCGUUGACACUUCUCUGGAGUGGUUCCUUUGCCGGAUGGUUUCCAAAAUGGAGAGCCCUGGAGAUGGAAGGUUCGCUGGCGCAGUUCGGGAGGUCCUGCGACCAGACUGCCCGGGCUCGCACCCCUGCGGCAUCCCUGGCACCGGUGGCUGCGGCUGGAGAAGGGGCAGGAAGGAAAGAGCCUCAUCUGGUGCUUUCCCUGGCUGACCUCGCUGUGGUGCAGAAGCCUCCGGAGUGGCAGGUGGAUGACGGGGAGGAUUCUGAACCAAACGAGCAUCAGAGGGGUCUACUCUCAGCCUAUCUGCAGGCAUUGUUUCCAAGAUGCCGCAAGCUCUUCACGAGCCUCGGGCGCAGCCGGGGUUUCCUGCACCGCCUGGACGUCCCAAGCUCCGGCUUGAUCCUGGUGGCCAAGUCGCAUGAAGCCUGGUAUCGCUUGAAGGUGCAGGCAGCCUGUGGUGGAAUUCGGCGUGACUACAUCGCCUUGUGCCACGGCUGGAUGAGUGCUGGGCGACAGGAAAUUUCAGCGCGAGUUCACUGGUGGCCGGAUGGCAGGAGAGGGCCAAGCCAUGUACGGAAAAGCGGGCGGCUUGCAAAGACGAUGCUCAAGGUCACGGAGUUGCGCAGGAGCACUGCGAGAGGUUUCAGCCUGGUCAACAUCCGGAUUCUGACCGGGCGUAUGCACCAGAUCCGGCUGCACACGGCACACGUGGGCCAUCCCACGGUCAGAGACGGGAAGUAUACGCCCAAUGCGACCUUUGAGGAAGAUGCCAGCUGGUGCCCAGACCACUUUCUGCAUCGGUACUCUUUGGCUUUUGUGGACAUGUCAAAGCGGCAGCACGAGGUCUUCGAGCCGUUGGCCAAGAGCUUAAAGGAAGUUCUGAGGCAGCUCGGCCAUGCCGGGAGGAUCAAUGCUGCCCAGGUCAUUCCGCCCGGUACGUAA